UAAUUUCUAAUUGCAUGCGUAUCAUCCAUCACACUCUGCCAGAGUAUCAAACGUUAUUCUCAAACCAAAAAACCCCCUCCCUUUCUCUUCCCUAAAACCCUUCCAUCUCUCUCUCUCUCUCAUGUAAACGACAGAUCCGCCAAUUCUGAAGGAGGAUCUACAAUGGCUCAUGUGCGCUGCGGCAGAAGUCUUCUCCGCCAGCUCAUCAAGGAGACUAAUAAGCCCAUUUCUGGCCAUACAAUCCACCCAUUGUUAUUCGUUGGCCAAGGACUCAGAUUUAGAAAAUUAGAGGUUAUUCUUACUACGACUAUUGAAAAGCUUGGAAAAGCUGGGGAAACUGUGAAGGUUGCUCCUGGGUAUUUCCGGAACCACCUAAUGCCCAAGUUGCUUGCAGUUCCAAAUAUUGAGAAGUAUGCAUACCUCAUUAGAGAGCAGCGUAAGAUUUACCAACAUGAAGAAGCCGAGACGGAAACGGUGGAGACCAGUGAAGAUAAAAUGAAGGAGUAUCAAGUGGCAGCAAAGCGCCUAGAUAAUGCUUUACUGGGCCUGAGGAGACUCGUCAAUGCAGAGAAUGAAUUGCGUGAGCCUGUGACAAAAGAGGAGCUUGUGGCUGAGGUGGCAAGGCAGCUUUGUGUGAGCAUCCAACCUGAAAAUAUGCACCUGCCGACACCCUUGACAUCCUUAGGAGAGUAUGAGGUGCCGCUCCGUCUGCCGAGGUCAAUUCCAUUGCCAGAAGGAAAGCUUCACUGGUCUCUCAAAGUCAAAAUCCGAAGAAAAUGAGUUCCUGGAGGUUGUAUUGUUGUUCUUCAAAAUUCUAUGAAACCGAAGUGCUAUUUAACAUAGUGGAUAGCACAUUACCAUGCUAUGAAACUGAUGUGAUAUUUCCUUGUA